AUAAGUUAGUGCAGGAACAGAGAAACACGAGACCCAAGAAGAAAGAUCCCAUUUUUUCACAAUGCUCACGACACGACAAACCUUUUGCUCUGUCGUAUUCUUCCUUCUCUUCCUCUCUCUACCUCUCUGCUCUUUCUCCCAAUCACCGAACUCUGUCUACAACUCCUUCCUCAAAUGUUUCUCCGAGAAGACGAAAUCCCCACAAGCCCAAAUCGCCAAAAACGUCUUCUCUCAGAGCGAUCCUUCUUACUCCUCCGUUCUCCGUGCGUACAUACGCAAUGCGAGAUUCAACACUUCCUCUACUCGCAAACCAACAAUCAUCGUCACUCCUCGCUCCGAUAGCCACGUCAGCGCCGCCGUCAUCUGCUCCAAACCCUUAAAAAACUUCGUCCUCAAGAUCCGAAGCGGCGGCCACGAUUACGAUGGUCUCUCUUACAUCUCCGAUAAACCCUUUUUCAUCCUCGACUUGUCGAAUCUCCGCGACGUCUCCGUCGAUAUCGCCUCCAAUUCGGCGUGGAUCUCCGCCGGAGCGACACUCGGCGAGGUUUACUACCGAAUCUGGGAGAAAAGCAAAAUCCAUGGAUUCCCCGCCGGAGUUUGUCCGACGGUCGGUGUCGGAGGUCAUUUAAGCGGCGGUGGGUACGGUAAUAUGCUGAGGAAGUUCGGAUUGUCUGUCGAUAACUUGAUCGAUGCGAAGAUCGUCGAUGUAAAAGGUCGGAUUUUGGACCGGAAAUCGAUGGGUGAAGAUCUUUUCUGGGCGAUUUCCGGCGGCGGAGGAGGAAGCUUCGGCGUCGUUUUGGGUUACAAGGUAAAGCUCGUUCCUGUGCCACCGAUCGUGACGGUUUUCCGGGUGGAGCAGUAUAUGGAUUCCGGAGCGGUGGAUAUGGUUCACAAAUGGCAAUCAGUGGGUCCUAAAACCGACCCGAAUCUGUUCAUGAGGAUGCUGAUUCAGCCCGUGACGAGGAAGAAGGUGAAGACGGUGAGAGCCUCCGUGGUGGCUCUGUUCUUAGGCAGAGCAAACGACGUCGUUUCUUUGCUUCGUAAGGAGUUUCCAGAAUUGGCUCUAAAGAAGGAGAACUGUACGGAGAUGUCUUGGUUACAGUCUGCUUUAUGGUGGGAUAAUCACGUUAACGCUACUCAGACCGAUCCUAAAGUGUUUCUUGAUCGGAAUCUUGAUUCCGCAAGCUUCGGGAAGAGGAAAUCGGAUUAUGUUGCGACUCCGAUUCCUAGAAACGGGAUCGAGUCUCUGUUCAAGAAGAUGAUCGAGCUAGGGAAAAUCGGAUUGGUUUUCAAUCCGUACGGCGGGAAAAUGGCGGAGAUCGCGGAGGACGCGACGCCGUUUCCUCACCGGAAGAAGCUUUUCAAGAUUCAGUACUCAGUGAACUGGAAAGAAUCGUCUCCGGAGAUAGAGAAGGGUUUCUUGAAUCAGGCUAAGGUGCUACACAGUUUCAUGACAGGGUUUGUGAGCAAGAGCCCUAGGAGUGCUUACUUGAAUUACAGAGAUGUUGAUAUCGGGGUGAAUGAUCACGGGAAGAAUAGUUACAAGGAAGGAGAGGUUUAUGGAAGAUCGUAUUUUGGGAAAAACUUUGAUCGAUUAGUGAAGGUUAAAACAGCUGUGGAUCCAGGGAAUUUCUUCAGGAAUGAACAGAGUAUACCUACCUUGCCAAUAGCGAAUGGAACGGUUGUGACUGAAUCGGGAACGGCGAGACGGUGGUCACGAGCCGGAGGAGCCACCGUAGUUGCAACGGUGGCUUUACAUGUCUUCUAGAAUUUUAAGAUUGUUUCUUUACAUGUAUUCUAGAAUUUUAAGAUUGUUUUUUUUUUCAAUCGUUGACUAAUGGUAUCUCUUCCAUAAGAUGAACAGAGUCUCAGUAGUUUCACAUCUGUCGAAGUUAUCUGAAGUUGUGAGAAGAUUUUGUGUCAGAAACAAAGCAUCCAAUGACGUGUUAAUAUUGCUUUAUGUAUCAUUGAUGUAUAGAUAAUGGAAAAUUCAUAG